UCAUGGCAAUAUUAUUUAGAUGUCCGACGUCGGCGUUUCACUUACGUGUUAUGUUUAUAAUUUUAUUUAUUAAAGUUUUAUACCGUUAACAUAAAAUGAAAUUCAAAUACAUUUUCUUUUUGUGCUGGGUGGCAGUAAACUGUGAUGAACAUACACAUACGUAUAAAGAUGGAGAACAAGUUGUCCUAUGGAUGAAUACCGUAGGCCCAUACCACAAUCGUCAAGAGACUUACGCAUAUUUUUCAUUACCGUUUUGUGCCGGUACCAAAGUUACCAUCGGCCACUACCAUGAAACCUUAUCCGAAGCGUUACAAGGUGUUGAAUUGGAGUUCAGUGGUUUGGACAUAACUUAUAAGGAUAAUGUACCAGCCCAGGAAUUUUGUGCCAUAGAAUUAAAUGAUCAGUCCUACAAAGCACUGGUGUAUGCAGUCAAGAAUCAUUAUUGGUAUCAGAUGUACAUCGAUGAUUUACCAAUUUGGGGUAUUGUAGGUGAAAUAGAUGGCGAUCACCACUACAUUUGGACUCACAAGAAGUUUGACAUUGGCUACAAUGGUAAUAGGAUUGUCGAAGUCAAUCUUACGGCGGAAAAUAAAGAGCGACUCACUCCUAAUGCCAAGAUUGCAUUUACCUAUGAAGUGAAUUGGAAGAAGAGCAACAUUAGAUUUGAGGAUCGUUUUGACAAAUACUUGGAUCCAAACUUCUUCCAACACAGGAUUCAUUGGUUUAGUAUAUUCAACAGCUUUAUGAUGGUAAUAUUUUUAGUUGGCCUAGUUUCUAUGAUUCUUAUGAGAACUCUACGUAAGGACUAUGCUAGAUACUCAAAAGAUGAUGAUUUGGAUGACUUGGAAAAGGAUUUAGGUGAUGAAUAUGGUUGGAAGCAGGUGCAUGGUGAUGUGUUUAGACCUGUUCCACACUUAGCCCUAUUUUCUGCCCUUGUAGGUGCUGGUUACCAACUUACAGUGGUAACUCUAGCUGUUAUAAUUUUCACUAUUUUUGGUGAGCUAUACACAGAAAGAGGUUCUUUACUUUCUACUGCCAUUUUUAUAUAUGCUGCUACUUCACCUGUGAAUGGCUACUUUGGUGGGUCUUUAUAUGCAAGAAUGGGUGGAAAACUAUGGAUAAAGCAAAUGUUACUCUCAGCUUUUCUCCUGCCAGUUCUUGUUUGUGGCACUGCAUUCUUUAUUAAUUUUAUUGCAAUGUACUAUCAUGCAUCUCGUGCAAUUCCAUUUGGCAGUAUGAUUGCUGUUAUGUCAAUUUGUACAUUUAUUAUCUUACCCCUUACAUUAGUUGGAACAGUCCUUGGAAGGAACUUAGCGGGACAGCCUGAUUAUCCUUGUCGCAUCAAUGCUGUGCCUCGACCCAUUCCCGAAAAGAAGUGGUUUAUGGAACCAUUUAUCAUCAUAAUUAUGGGAGGUGUUCUGCCUUUUGGAUCUAUAUUUAUUGAAAUGUACUUUAUCUUUACUUCAUUUUGGGCAUACAAAAUUUACUAUGUCUAUGGAUUUAUGCUGCUAGUGUUCCUGAUACUUAUGAUUGUCACAAUCUGUGUGACUAUAGUGUGCACAUACUUCUUGCUGAAUGCAGAGGAUUACCGCUGGCAAUGGACCAGCUUCCUGUCUGCUGGUAGUACAGCUCUGUAUGUUUAUUUAUAUUCAUUUUAUUACUUCCUGUUCAAGACUAAGAUGUAUGGACUAUUUCAAACAACAUUUUACUUUGGCUACAUGGCUCUAUUCAGUCUUGCUCUCGGAAUAAUUUGUGGCACAGUAGGUUAUGUGGGCACCAGCAUAUUUGUUAGGAAAAUAUAUUCAACUGUUAAAAUUGAUUGAAAACCUCCUUGAAUGGUGUUGUGCAAAAAUAUUAAUCCUAGUAUAAAUAUCACUUAUGUAUUCAUUACAUAAAAAUGCAUAUGCCACAUAUGACAAUUGGUUUUUCCAAAUUUUUAUUAUAAAAAUACAUGUAUACAGUAAAAUUUUUGACUAAUAUAUUUUUCGGACAUUCCUAGAAUAACAAUGAUCUUUGUUCAUUAGUGGCUAAAUUAUGUUAAGAUAAUGAAUUACAUGUCAGAUUUUAAAACAUUUUACCGGUUAAUGAAUUUUUAAUGUUUUUGGUAUUUACAUUGAAUAUUGUUUUCCUUACUGAAUGUAGUUCUGAUAGUAUAAAAGCAAUAUUUGGUAAAUGAUAAGGAAUUACAAUUAUAGAGUGAGAACAGUAUGUUUGAUGAUUGGCAAAUGAUGAUAGUAUAUUUUGUGAUGAAGCAAUUUCUUCAUACAUAAUCUUAGUCUAUUGAUAGAUCCUAGUGAUUUUUGCUUUUAUUUUUUUGUUGUUUAUGUUUUGUAGAAUGUAAAUAUACUUUUUUAUCUUGUUUAUUUAAUUACAUACUUCAAGUAGUGGAAAAAUUAUAUGAAAAAUGUAUUCUAAUGCAAAUAAAACUUGUUUCUAAUCUGCUUCCAGAGUAUUUAAUUCAUAAUUCUACAUUUCAGGUCUAUGUAUAAUAAAUAUCAAUUCACAUAGAUUUGUGACAGAUUUAUUUGCUGUAAAAUUUGUUUAUCCCAUAACAUAUUUUGCUUAUAUAGUUAAAAUAAUGUAACAAUAUGUUUUGGGAUUGCAAAGUUGUGUAAAUAACAUGUAGUAAAUAAAUAUAGAAUUAUAAUGUUGACGUACUAAUGUUGAAGAUGCACAGAUUUAUUGUAUCUUUUUUUCCUUUUAUUCAUUUUAUCAAUGAGUUAUGAGUUAGGAGAGAAAUUGUAAUUUUUUAUGCCAUCCAGAAUUAGUUUAUUUUGUAAUGUCAUCAAUGCAAUAAAGGUGACUAUGUAUUAAA